GCCAUACUACAUAGACAAGAUGGACGCUACACGUUUAGCCGGCUUCAUUGCCCUGAUGUUUUUGGGUGUUUAUGCUCAAUCAGGCAAACGGACUUUAAUUUUGGUAGAUAACUGGUCCAUCAGAGAAACACACUCGACAUUCUUCAGAUCUCUACGAGACCAAGGUUUUGAUUUAACAUUUAAAACAGCUGAUGAUGGUAAUUUAGCUCUGGUUAAAUUUGGUGAAUUUUUAUAUGAAAAUCUGGUUAUUUUCUCGCCUUCUGUAGAAGAUUUCGGUGGAAACGUAGAUGUAGCAGCAAUUACUAACUUUAUUGAUGGGGGAGGAAAUGUUUUGGUUGCUGGCAGUUCUUCACUUGGUGAUCCUAUUAGAGAAUUAGCUACAGAAUGUGGUGUUGAGUUCGAUGAAGAAAAUACAGCUGUCAUUGAUCAUCUUCAUUAUGAUUUUAAUGAUGAGGGAAAGCAUACUUUAAUUGUGUCGGAAACAGAGAAUCUAUUAGAUGCACCAAUGAUAGUUGGACAGAAACCUUCUGCACCUUUUCUCUUUAGAGGUGUGGGUAUGGUAGCUGAUCCUGACAAUCCUCUUGUUAUGGGGGUUCUUCAUGCUUCAUCUACAUCCUACUCUUAUAAUCCUGAUGAAAAAAUUUCAGAGUUCCCCCAUGCUGUAGGAAAGAAUACCCUAUUGAUCAGUGCUCUACAAGCCAGAAAUAAUGCCAGAGUUGUAUUUGUUGGUUCUAUUGAUUUCUUCAGUGAUCAAUUUAUGCAAGCCUCUGUACAGAAUGCUCUAAAUGGAAAGAAAUAUGAAAAAUCUGGUAAUCAAGACCUAGCUUACAGUCUAUCACAGUGGGUAUUUAAACAGAAAGGUGUAUUACGAGUUGGAGAGGUCAAACAUCAUUUAAAAGGAGAGAAAACACCACCAGCAGCCUACACUGUCCUCGAUCAAGUUGAAUACAGUAUCCAGAUAGAUGAAUAUAGUAAUGGUGAAUGGAAACCAUUCCAAGGAAAAGAUGUUCAGUUAGAAUUUGUCAGAAUUGAUCCUUUUGUAAGAACUACUCUCAAACAAAAAAAUGGUCUAUUACAUGUAAGUUUUAAACUACCUGAUGUCUAUGGUGUUUAUCAGUUCAGAGUUGACUACAAUAGAAUUGGUUAUACCAGACUCUUCAGCACUACACAGGUGUCUGUACAUCCAUUAAAACAUACCCAAUAUGAGCGGUUUAUCCCCUCAGCUUACCCAUACUAUAUCAGUUGUUUCUCUAUGAUGUUUGGUGUUGUUAUAUUUAGUAUAGUCUUUUUACAUUAUAAAGAAGAUACCAAGGAUAAAAAGGAAUAAUCUUUUAAAACUUUAAUUCAUUUUCAUUCCUUUUAUACUAGACUUUAUUAUGUCAAUUUUUUCAUCAAAAGAUAUAUGGAAACACACUUUUUGAGAUUAAAACUAUAAAAUAAUUAUAUUGCUUAAAAUAUUAGGAUGCUCAAUCCCAAAAAUCACCAGUUUGUGGUGUUUUUCUGUCUUGGUAAAACUUCCAGAGAAGCAUGGGUUGAAAUGUGUGUCAGAUUGCCUCUAUGGGCUCUCAAUAUGUUGGGUAUAAUUCUGUGUUAUUGACAGGUUUGAAUCAAAAACUAAUUGCAACUAUCAAAUCUUCAUCUGUAUGACUGUAUACUAUCAUGCUAAACCUAAAAUAAAGAUAUGAGUUGUUAAAUGUG